AUGUCUGAUUUUAUUCAAUGGACAUAUGAUAAUAGACUUCAGAUCUCUAUAGACUUAGCAGCUGGUUCAGUUAGUGGAAUAGCAAAUUGUAUAUCAAGUCAUCCAUUAGACACUGUUAAAGUUAGGAUGCAAAUGUCUAAUGAUGGAGUGUUGUCAACUUUAAGGAAUAUUUUCAAAAAUGAAGGAACAAAGGGUUUCUAUAAAGGAAUGUCAUUUCCUAUACUUUCCAUACCUAUUACAAACGCGAUAGUUUUUUCUGUCUAUGAAUUUUGGAGAUCAUUUUUUAUUGGAAAUUCGAACAAAUAACUAACAUACUUUUAAACUGCUUUUUGUGGAAGUAUUGCAGGCAGCUCAGCAGCCUUUUUUUCAUGUCCAAUAGAGCUGACCAAGUGCAAAUUGUAGAUGCAAUCAACAGAAAAAAUAUAUAAAAAUCCUAUGGACUGCAUUCAAUAAAUAUAUAAAAAGGAAGGUUUUAAGUCCUUAUUUCGUGGAAUGUGUGCUACUCAAUAAAGAGAAAUUCUAGGUUAUUCGGCUUAGUUUGCAGUCUAUGAAUUGAUCAAAGACUUCUUAUGUGGUUUGUCUUAAAAGGCAGAACCAUCCACAACAAAUCUUUUAAUUUCAGGAGGUUUAGCCGGAGUUUCAUGCUGGACGAUAGGAUAUCCUUAGGAUACUAUAAAGACUAUUUUGUAAUGCUAAAAAUCAACAGAUUAAGGCAUUUAUAAAGUUAGAUUUUAUGAUGGGGGUUUUUUAGAUUGCUUAAGAAAAAAAAUAAUCUCGGAAGGACUUAGAUCAAUAUGGAAAGGAUAUUCUGUUUGUAUUUUGAGAUCAUUCUAUGCCAACGCUAUCGGAUUUUAUGCAUACGAAUUAGCAAAAGAAAAUAUUACUUCGUACUAUUAAUAAUAUUGA